UAUAUAUAAAACGCGAUUAAGAACAUUGGCCGGUACAAUUCUUCUCCACAGGCGGAUCGCGUAGCAGUGUGGCAAGAAGCGCUCGCACGGAAUACAGUUCAAGAAACAAUCAGUCCAGUCUCUCGUUAAAGUUAUUCGUUUCAGCUGCUCCUGGUGAUAACUGAUAACGGUGAAACAUGAUGUCCACCAAGUUUCUGUCGCUGUUCAUCGUUGCAAUCGUAGCUCCCCUAUUCAUCUUGGGUGACGAACCGAACCAAAUCGACGUGGAAAGCUUACGUCAGCAUUUGCCCGCCAACCUGCAGAACCUAUCGAUUCCGGACUUCGACGAAAUCGAAAAGGCACUGAAGGAUAAAUGUGUCCGGGCGGGUGGUACGGAGGCAUCCUACGAGCAGGUCAAACAGGGUGCCAAAGAUCUGGCCAACUGCGUUAAGGGUCUGGUCGAUGUCGACCAGUUCCGGCGGGAAGUCGAAGAAGCCAAACCGACGGGCGAUCUGGAUACGGUGUUCAACAAGUACUGCCGCAAGCGAAACACCCUGCUGGAGUGCGUGAAUACGUUUUCCAACACGAUCGAUCCCUGUCUGGACGAUGAGGAGGAACGGCACAAGGGUCACGGAGUGGAUGUGUUCAAAAAUUUGCUGAACUUUGUCUGCCAUAAGGAUGGUGACCAGAUUGCGUUGUUCAUUGCGGAGAAGGGUCCGGAAUGUUUCUUGGAGCAAAAAGAUGACCUGAUUCGGUGUGUUAACGAAACUUUCUCUGGUUAUCUGACGGACGUUGACAUGACGACAACGACGGUUCCAAAGCUGGUCAUUGGACCGAAGCAGUGCGAAGAUUUCAACAAACUACAGAACUGCUUGGUGAGGGAGCUGGAACAGUGCCAGGAAUCAACUCCGGCUAAUCUCGUGGAGUCGCUGUUCAAAUUCAUGAAGAAGGGUUCGCCGUGCGAUCCGAAGGCAAAAUCUGGUCGCAGAUGAGCUUCUCAAACAGGUUGUUUCCUGAUUCCAGAUCCCAGAUUGUUGUAAAUGAACACAAUAAAUUAUAAUUUUUACAAUUUUACCAAAAGCAGUUUUA